AGAGGGAAACCAGAAGAAAGAGGGCAGCGAUUGUGACAAGUCUGGACCCAACUGAACCAAUGUCCAGAGCGUCUGUAGAAGUAACUUCAUGAAAUCUAGUUGAGCAGUGACUGCUGGGGUAGUUUUCCUAAGUUCACUUUGUACCUUCGAGUUAUAAAUGCAACGACUGAUCUGUGAGAAAAGCAUGGCAGCCGAGGCGAGGAACGGCGGGACCCUUAACAACAAUAACUGCAAAGACCACAAGAGGAGAAAGUUGCUGGUGGGAGUGGACCUGUUCUGUUUGUUCUUAGCCGGCCUGCCUUUCUUGGUCAUUGAGACCAGCGCUGUGCAGCCAUACCGCAGAGGGUUUUACUGCGACGACGAGUCCAUCAAGUACCCCGCCAAAAACGGAGACACCAUUAGCGAUGGUGUGCUUAGUGCUGCUGGCAUUCUUAUCACCAUCCUGUCUAUCAUCAUCGGGGAGAGCUACAGGAUCUACUUCCUGAACGAGGGCUCCAAGUCUUUUGUAGGGAACCCGUACAUCUCGGCCCUCUACAGACAGGUUGGCGUUUUCAUCUUUGGCUGUGCCAUCAGCCAGUCUUUCACCGACAUAGCCAAAGUGUCGGUGGGUCGCAUGCGCCCUCAUUUCCUGGACGUGUGCAAACCGGAUUUCAGCACAAUCAACUGCUCGCUGGGAUACAUCACCGACUACCAGUGUCAAGGGCCGGAGAGUAAAGUUCAGGAGGCCAGAAAGUCUUUCUUCUCUGGCCACGCCUCAUUCUCCAUGUACACCAUGCUCUACCUGGUGUUCUAUCUCCAGUCACGCUUCACCUGGCACGGGGCCCGGCUGCUGCGACCCCUGACUCAGUUCACCCUCAUCAUGAUGUCCUUCUACACCGGCUUGUCCCGUGUCUCUGAUCACAAGCAUCACCCCACUGACGUCCUCGCAGGCUUCGUCCAGGGAGCUCUGGUGGCCUACUGCAUAGUGUUCUACGUGUCUGACUUAUUCAAACCCCGAGGGAGACGCUCCACUGUUUCGCCAACCCCUGUGAAGAAAGACCUUGUUCCUCCAGUAGACAUCCGGGAGCGAAGUAAUCAUCUCAUCAUGGCGUGAGGACGACUGCAGACCGGGCUGUUAUGAACCCUAAACCAAAGUAAAAAAUCACUACAAAGUCACUGAGACUAGAAAUAUUCAUCGGCCCAGAUGAAGCGAGGAUUUGAAGACGCCACACUUGGUGGAGUGAAAAUGACUGUCUCAGCGCCUCCACCUGUUGACACCGUGGCUGACCCGACAACGAAAAAGACUUAACAAAUUCCUCACUUACAGGAAGGAUGUACUAGGUUCCUCUUUCUUACAAAUAUUGUAUUUUUAUAUAGCACUAUUAUGGCGACUCUAUACUGUUUGUCACCACUUGAACAACCUGGAGUGAAGCUUUUGGAAAGUGUCCAGAAGCUUUAAUACAUUUACGAUCGUUCAACAGAAUGUACACAUGAAAAGUGGAACUGGGGUGUUGGGCCUCUUUCUGCUGGUUAGGACGAGCGCCCGCUGAGCCAUUUCAUUAUGACCGUCUGUUGUGCGAUGCAGACGAGUGUCACAUGUCUGUGUGUGUUUGUGUCUGUCUGAGUGUGCAGUGGACUUGAGUUGGCGACGAGAGGCUUCUGUCUCUUGGUUCAACCCAAAACUGUCAACCCCUAAAAGCGAAUAGCUUUCAAUGCAGAUAGUUGUUCGCCUGUCACGGAUUAAAUUUGGAUAAUUCACUGAGCGGUUAAAAGGUUUGAUAAAGGUGUUAGCAUCUGCGCGGUCGCGCUACAAUGAAAUUUUGACGUUUUAAAUUGAUCUAACUCGAGUUAAAGUGAGUCGACAAAUAAGUAGAACUGCAAUAAGCAGUCAACUAUAAUCGACUAUUAACUUAGUCGCCAACGGGCUCAUCAGUCGACUAGUCGUGACGUCAUGUUUCUAAAAGCAUAAUCCACAGGAAGAAGAGAAAUGGCAGCGGCUACCUGACCAUUGCGACACAUCAAAGGACGAGUUCACUUACAUUUUGCAUAUGCCACUGUUGCAUUUUUCAAAUUGUUGUGAGCCGGUCAUACUUGCUUCGGUUGGCUAGUCAGAUUAGCUGGUUUGUGAAGAGAAACGUUUGGCACAUAACGGUCAUAAUGCACACUUAGUUUUUUCAUCAUAUAACAUUUCAAUGUGAGUCCCAAGCUAGUAUUGCUAAUGCUAACGUUUUAGCAAUUAAAAACUGGAAGGAAACAAAUAGAGCACAGACCUUUGCUGAGGUCAAUGGAAUAAAAUAGCUAUAUUUACAGUAACUGCACAAUAAUAGUUUUUUUUUUUUGUUAUUUUUAUCGCAAUCCUGCUGAUUGUGAAAGUAAGCUUCUCAAAACCACUGUCUCACAACACCGCUCUACCUAUUUAUCAUUCACAGUGAAGCUCUCUUUGAGUGCUUCGACAUACUACACCGUACCUUGUGCUAUAGUCUAUCAUACGUCUGUCUUUUUUGUGUACAUAUGUGUGUGUAACGCCCACUAUGAUGUCGAGACCUGUGUAAAUGUCAAAUGUGCUGCUUAGAGAGGCAACUCGUUGACACAUUGUGAAUGUUGGGUUCUCAAACAGAAGAAAAACAAAGCCUUUUCAGGGGAAGGCUGACACUUUUAAGAAAAUACUUUCCAGUAUUUUUGUACUGCUAUGUGACGUUUUGUAUCGGGAGGAAGGUGGGUGAAGUGCCUUUAAUAAAACAUGGAUAAACAAGA